CUCUUUCUAAGGCCACUUGCUAGAAGCUGUUUCUUCAUUUCAAUUCCCCCCUCCCGCGCCCGCGACGUUUCUCCCUCCGUGUCUUCGGAUCGCUUCUAGGGCGUCCGAUUCUCAUGGCGAUUCUAUCGCUCUCGUCCGUUUUUCAGUGUGAAUCCGACCCCAAUCCGAUCUCUGCAGCUGCAGAAGAUCGCAGAUCGAUCGACCUUCGCUCCAUCCACUCGUUUCCGAGCAGAUAUUCCGUCUUUCCACCGCCUCCGAAGCGAGGAAUCUUCGAUCUCGUAUCCCGUUUUCGUGAAAUAGGGUUUCGAUCAUCGAUCUUGAAACGAACAGCGAUUUCUACUGCAGAUUGAUAGGCAUUUCACUGUAUCAUCGUUUUUGCGUUGUUUUGCCAUGGUUCCGCCAUCUCUGAGAUCGACUGACAUUUGUGUUGUAUCAGCGUUUUUGUUGAUUUUUUCCGCAGUUCCACCAUCUCUAAGGUGAGAAUUCUUCGAUCUGGAACCUAAUUUCCACCAAUCAGGGUUCUUACUCUCGAUUUUGUAACAGAUAGUGACAUCUACUGCUGAUCGAUUGGCAUGCGCUCUGUAUCACCGUCUUCACGGAGAUUUGCUGUAGUUCCACCAUCUCUGAGACAAUCACAUCUACUGCCAAUUGAUCAGAACUCAUUCCGCAUUAUCGUUUUUGAUUCGAUUUUCUGCUGUUCCAAGUCUUGGAGUCUCUUUCAGCAACCAGGUGGAAACUGUGGAUUGAGAAGAGAAUCAAGGGGAUCCGCAUCAUCUAUUGAAUAUGCCAUCCUCAGAUUUGCAUCAUAUGAAUGCUGUAAUUAUGGAUCACAACCACCAUUUGUUCCAAACCGUUCAUUAGGUUCAUCUAAGCCCAUGAGUAACCAAAUGUCAGCUCCUUUAGGAAAUCAGGAAUCCAACAAAGUAGAAACAUCUGAUGGGCACCUCCAUCAAGCUGAAUUGGUUCGUUACCAGUCUCUAGCUCUUGCUAAAUUUUCAGAAGUAGCAGAGAAUAUGCGAUCACCUAGAUCGGGUUCAAACACGCCUCGGUUGGGCCAUACCUAUUUUGAUCCACAUCCGAUGGUUACUGAGGCUUGGGAAUGCUUGAGAAAGUCUGUUGUUAAGUUCAAGGGACAUAUGGUGGGUACAAUUGCUGCAUUGGAUCAAGCAUCAGAUGCUCUAAACUACAAUCAGGUCUUUGUCAGAGACUUUGUUCCAAGUGCUUUGGCUUUCUUGAUGAAUGAUGAGACAGAGAUAGUGAAAAAUUUUCUCUUGAAGACUCUUCAUUUUCAAGCAUCGGAGAAGCGUAUUGAUUGCUUUACUCUUGCUCAAGGAGUAAUGCCAGCAAGUUUUAAAGUGUUAUACAAUCCCACCAGGGGUUGUGAUGUGUUGGUUGCAGAUUUUGGGGAGACUGCCAUCGGGAGAGUUGCUCCAGUUGAUUCUGGGUUCUGGUGGAUCUUCCUGCUACGUGCCUACACAAAGGCCACUGGCGAUUAUUCUCUAUCUCAGAUGCCAGAAUGCCAGACAGGAAUUAAGAUGAUACUGUCUUUGUGCCUUGCAGAGGGAUUUGAUACAUUUCCAACUCUUCUUUGUGCAGAUGGCUGCUGUAUGAUUGAUCGCAGGAUGGGAAUAUAUGGUUAUCCGAUUGAAAUUCAAGCUCUGUUUGUCAUGGCAUUGCGAUGCGCCCAUCAGCUUCUUCGGGUGGAAGGUGAUGGCAAGGAGUUCAUAAAACUGAUUGACAACAGGCUGUCAGCGCUGAUAUAUCACAUGCGCAGCUACUACUGGCUCGAUUUCAAGCAACUGAACAACAUCUACCGCUUCAAGACUGAGGAAUACUCGAACACUGCUGUAAACAAGUUCAACGUUAUCCCCGAGUCAAUACCUCAUUGGAUAUUCGACUUCAUGCCGAUGAAAGGCGGAUACUUAAUUGGGAAUGUGAGCCCUGCCAGGAUGGACUUCCGGUGGUUCGCAUUGGGCAACUGCAUGGCAAUCUUGUGCUCGCUUACAACCGACGAGCAAUCUGUUGCUAUAAUGGAUCUUAUCGAAGAGAGGUGGCAGGAUUUAGUAGGUGAGAUGCCGAUGAAGGCCAUGUAUCCAGCUCUCGACACUCAUGAGUGGAGGAUCGUGACAGGCUGCGAUCCCAAGAAUACUCACUGGAGCUAUCAUAAUGGUGGUUCAUGGCCAGUUCUACUGUGGUUGCUCACUGCGGCUUGCGUCAAAACUGGAAGACCGCAAAUCGCUAGGCGGGCCCUAGAGCUCGCUGAGUGCAGGCUUGCUAAGGAUGGGUGGCCAGAAUACUAUGAUGGCAAAGAUGGUAACUACAUUGGGAAGCAAUCGCGGAAGAUGCAGACAUGGUCGAUUGCAGGGUACCUGGUUGCAAAGAUGCUGCUGGAAGAUCCUUCACACCUUGGGAUGAUGGCCCUUGAGGAGGAUAAGAACAUGAAGCCCAUGCUAACCCGGGCGACCACGAUGCCGACGAAGUUGCACCCGUAUUACUAGGAGAUUUUCAACUGUUGGAUUGUCUCGUUUCUCUUUCUAUGAUGUUUUGUUCCUCAAAUACCAUAGGAGGCUUCAUGAGGUUUUCUUGUUGUUUUUCUCGAGUGUUCUUUGUUCUUCAGCAUGGGAAUGCUACGUAGGCUGCAGAUUGCUUUGCAGCUGA